AUGAAGGAAACAGAGAAUCAUUACACUAAUCUCUUCGAUGGUCAGUAGGUCUCAAUGGGAAAUUUUACAAUAAUGACAAAUCAACACCCAAGACAUACUCCUGGCUAAUACCAACCACAUAUUGCCCGGCCAAUGUAAUUUUCUGAUGGAAAGAUAAUGUCUUGAACAAUAGGUGAGUAUCUGUGGUCUUAGUCUGCUGGGACCCCUAUGCAAGUGGAACUCAGUUUAUUCCGGGAGAUAUGAUCAGCCAGAGUGGUGCUGUAAAGAAGAUAAGUUACAUGAAGUUUUCCUCUGUUGUUGGUCAGACUUGCCUCAUACCUGCUGGCUUUGUGAAAACAGGAUAUUUUUAUCAGUAUGUGAGAGAUUUCUAACACGACGGAAACCCAGCGGGAAGCAUAGCGCUUUUACAUGCCUGACCAGGUUUUGCUGUAACGAGUCAUGUACAGUAGUAGUAGCAGCAACAGCAAUACAAGCAAUGGUAUGCAUGUGGAGAGAACUGCAGCAGACAGCCUUCAAACAUACAGUUCUGUGUCAGCAGAACCCUACAGCUAUGGCAAACCACUGGACAGCAGUGGUUGCCUGGGCGAGAAAGAUCAGCAUUAUAAACACUUCUUGCACCAAUCACUACCACACCAAGCUCUCCCACCUGGGCAUCACCCUCAUAUUAUGGCGUCAGUGGGUAGCCAUCAUCCUCUGCCAAAUCCUCCCAUUACUAGCCCACAUGGUCACCUGCUUAGCCAGCUUCAGAGGCCGCCUGCUAACUUGAUGCCACUACACAUGGCUUCAAUGCCUGAUCACAAUGGUGAAAAUCACAUAUACCGCCAAGCACAGUUGCCCACAUAUCACCAUGCCAUGAACUAUGAUAUGUAUUAUAAUCAACACAGUCCAAAUAGUCAAUCUCCCUCUCCACCGCCACCGCCACGGAUUUAUAAGCCAUGUGUUGUAUGUGGAGACAAAUCUUCAGGUUAUCACUAUGGAGUGAGCUCCUGUGAAGGUUGCAAGGGGUUCUUUCGAAGAAGUGUCCAGAAAAACAUGCAAUACACCUGCCACAAGGAUCGCCACUGCGUUAUUAACAAGAUCACCAGGAACCGUUGCCAGUAUUGUCGUCUGCAGAAAUGCUUCACCAUGGGCAUGUCCAAAGAAGCUGUCAGAAAUGACAGAAACAAGAAAAGAAAAACUAAAUCUGAGGACUGCGGAUCAACAUCCCAAGAACAAACAAAUGAGCUGAAGCCCGAGCAACAAACUCUGCUAGAGGGGAUUGAGACUGCACACCAUGAGACUUAUACUAGUGUAGAAGAGGAGGAGUAUCAUACUCUGGAAGACCUCAAAGAUAAAAUAAAUGAUGAAAAUUUUAAUCUCUGGGAGCAAGUGACAGAACUGUCCUCAGAUGGUAUUGUUAAAGUGGUGGAUUUUGCAAAGAAAAUCCCGGGUUUUUCCUCGGUCAGCACUGGUGACCAGAUAACACUGCUCAAGGCAGCAUGUUUGGAGAUUAUUAUAUUAAGGAUGUGUUCUAAAUUUGAAGUCAACCCAGAGACAAUGAUAUUUUCCAAUGGGCUGAAAUUGUCCAAGGAAGAAUUCAGGGAUUGCGGUUUUGGAUCACUGACAGAAACUAUAUUCAGUUUUGCAUCUUCUCUCAGAAAUAUGGACACAGAUGAUGCUGAAUAUGCAAUGCUCGCUGCUAUUUGCUUAAUAAGUGGAGAUCGAUCUGGACUUGAAGAUCCAGAAAAUAUUGAAAAGCACCAGGAGCCUCUUCUAGAGGCCCUGAAAAACUAUGUGCAUAAGCGCAGACCCACGCAGUCUCACACCUUUGCCAAAAUGUUGAUGAAACUUACAGACUUAAGGAGCAUCAGUGUUAAAGGUGCAGAACGUGUGCUACAUUUACAAAUGGGCCAGCCAGGGGAACUGCCUCCAUUGGUUAUAGAAAUGUUGGACAGAGCUGAGAAUGUUUGUUUACCAUAACAGACGGGUAGAAAACAGAACAACUACCUCUCUAUCACAAUACUCAGAACUAGAUGUUGUAAUGCUGAUGAUAUGAUGCAAUUUAAUAGUUUAUUUUUUCUUUCCUUUGUAGUUCUUAAAUGCAUAGCCAAUAGAAUAGGUGCACAUGUGGGAGAGAGAGAGAGAGAAAGAGAUAGUCGAGUUAACUGAUCACAAGUGUCAAUUGAUUAUCAAAGCAAGGGGUUAGUACAUAUAUGAAGUGCUACAACGAUUACUUUCAAUAGUUCUGUAUGCCAUAUAAUGAAUAGUUUUGCUCAAGUAAUGUCAUAAAUUUUAGAUCCUCCAUCUGUGUCACACCUCUCUGUGCCUAAUGAAGAAUAUCCCUGCCUUGUUUUUACAAUAAUAUACCAAGGAACAGGCAGCGAUUAAACCAUUCAUUGCAUGAUUCUAUGUAGUAGUUAAGAGUAUUAAAAAGAAGUUGAAAAUGGUGAUUAUUUUAUUUUCAAUUUUCUUUAUCCUUGUUUCUUUCUCAUUGUUAAAGGUGGAGAUGCAUUAUUUUCCAAGCACAAGUUAAACAUUUAUUAUUAUUAUCAUCAUUAUUAUUCUUAAGGGGAAACAGGGUCUCUCUCUUUAAUACGCAGUAUAUUGGAUGUUUAAGGAUUUAUACCUUAGGACAAUAGACUGUCCUAGAUGUGCUCAAGAUGAGAUUGUACAUGUUAAAGUACCGGUGACUUAAAGUGUUUAAAUGUGUACUCUCAUAUGUAAAUUCUAGGGCUAAAUGCACGAAGGUAUUUUUUUUUUUCUCAUAGAGAAAUAUAAUGCACAAAGACACAGUGGCAGGGAGCUUUACACAAAGUUUGAAAAAACAUAAUGUAUCUUUCACAGGUCCCUGGAGGCGUCCAUUUUGUUGUUAAGGAUUAUCAAAAAAUGUUUUUAAAGGUCUCUACUCAGGAAGUUGUUUAUAGACUCAUGUCUAUUGAUGCAUGACAUUAGGAUUUAUUUAUCCUGAUAUCUGUGAAUAUUAUUAUGUAGUAUAGAAUAUAAUAAUAAGAACCGGUGGAAUUUGAUAGUAUUGUUGUACAGUACUUUUUAAGUGUAAUUCUGUAGCUUAUUAUUAUUAUAUUGCAUAAUGAUAAUGGUGGAAGUUGAAAAUAACAGUAAACCAUAUCUGGAUGUUGGGAAUGUUGAUUAUCAAUUAGUUCAUCAUAAAUUUGAUCCAUUCUGAAGUGAAAUAUUUAAAGAAAUAGAUCUUAUAUUUGUAGUAAUUGUUGAUUGUAACUUUUAUUAGACUAGUAUAUGCAGUGUAGUGUGUAGACUUUUUCCCUUAUAUGUGUAGGAGGCAAGGCAUAUAUUUGACUGGGUUGGGACUCUGUAUUGUUGGGGUUAAAUUAUUUUUUUAGCAUUAUACAGGUGAUAUGCAGAGUUCCUCUUGUAUUUUAUACAAAGCAGUCACAUGCAAUGCAGUACUACUUGUAUAUUGUACAUAAUGCAUUUAACGUCAUUAUUGUUGUUGUUAUUAUUGCUGUUGUUCCUAUUGUGUGGGAUUUUCAUUUAGUAUUUAAAACAGUACAGUCCAAGAGAGAUAGAGAACAAAGUGAGAGCAAUUAUCCCAUCUUGGAUUACUCAGUUUGCACAACCUGUGCUGCCACCUAUAAUGCUCUUAAGAAAACAAAUCCUCUCAAAUGCAAUCAAGUCUUAUACCGGUGACAUCUAAUCAGUUACUUGAAAGUCAUACGGAGGCCUAAGAAUGUCAUCUUAUAUUAAUGUGAGGCAUUCUUGUUAGUUGCAUCUUGCUGGUGAUAAAUAAGGCACUGCAUGCUAGACAAAACAAUAUUAAAUAUUGAUUUUUCCAUUUUGAUUUAGGACCUUGUUUGUAUACUCAAAAAUAGUAUUGUAU